AUGUUUCAAAAUAUAAACAUAAUGUUAAUAUCAGAUUAUAUAAUCCAACUGAGACACCAAACUCAUCCCUGUACUGGAAUCGUGCCCUGUCAAUCAUACAGCAUGUCUCUCACACUUAUAGCCGUUAUUCCACUUCUGACCACACAGUUGUUGUGCGCUUGCGCAUUUGACGUUUUCACUGGAAACGACGCAGAUAAGGACAGAGCGGACUUUUUACCAGAAAACAGUUACCAAUCUCGCCUGAGAGAGGCGGGCGCUUAUAACUCUUUAAACACACUGAUUGCUCGCUAUAUCAACAGACUACAAGGAGAGGAGAUGGCACGAGAAAGAGAACUACUGAAUGAGUUUUAUCCAAAAUUAGUUAUGCCUUAUCCAGAAGAUUUUUCAUCGAAGCAAGACGUUAUCGGACAUAGACAGGAGAAGAGGAAAGUGUUUUGGCAACCGUUGGGAUAUGGGGGAUCUAGUUCCGGUGCAGACAGCGACACAUCAUCGACUAACGGUCGACAAAUGUUCCGUUAUGGCAAAUAGAAUACUAUCUUCAGACGUUGUUUAUGAAUGCAUACGAAUGGAAUGCAUCGGUUAAUAAUGCACAUAUAAUAUCAUGCUUUAUAACUGUUACAAUAUAACAUGAUAAUUGCCACAGAACGACACAUUCUUCAAUUCCACAGAUUACUUCUUACAGUAAUUAUAGUAGUUUUGUUUAUAUAGUAUUUUGUAAGGUCGUAUUAUAAAUUUAAACGGGCCUUUUCACAGAUUUUGGCGUAUUUUGAUGUUUGUCAUUAAAUGCUUUAUAUUGAUAAAUGUAAACAUUGGAUCUUAAAAGCUCCAAUAAAUAAUCAAGAAUAAAAUUAAAAAAGGAAAACAAAAGUAGCCGGUACCAGGGCUCGAACCAAUGACACCCGGAGUCCUGGAGUAAGUCUGAAGUAAAAACGCCUUAGCCCUCUCGGCUAUUCCGCCGGGUAUACACAGUUUAAGUAUUUUAUACCUUAUAUAAGCAAUCUUCUUAGUUUCGUAAAUUUAAACGACAACAACAGAACUCUCCAAACUAUUUAAUCGUUUCGCGUUGCAACGCUUUAUAAUUUUUAGGUUUUCAAAUCGUCAAAAGAUACAUAUAGAGGCUAUAUGGUACUAUGAUAAAAGUUCAGUAAUACUGUUUCCUCACAAAUAUCAUAGCUAAAACGAAAAUUUGCGAAUCUGAAACAACUUUUUUCAAUAUUGUCGAAUUACCAAACCGCGAAAAGAUACCUUUAAUAGUCUUAUACAAUGUGUUUUGUUAUUAAACGGAAAUGUUGCCAGUAUAUGACCGUUUUGACACCAAUUUUGUUUCUGUUAAGUUACAUAUUUUAAUGUUUACUUCUAUAUAAACUUUAAUUAUGCAUCUUUCAACCGUUUUAAGACUCGUCUUGUAUAUUAAAAUACGUACUUACUAUAUAUUUUAAAAAAGAAUAUGGCAUAUUGCGUAUUUCUGUUUACUUCCUUGUUUGUACGUAUCCAUAUUUUGGUGAAAUAUAGUAAUAAUACAUAUGAAGAUAUUUUGUAUCAUCGAACGCAUCAUACCUUUAAAUAAUACAUCGACAGAAAUUAUUAGUCAACAUACAAUGAUAAACAUUGUGUAUACAUCUUUAUUGUUCCAUAAAUGAAUUGCAUGAGACAUUUGAAGGUGUUGAUCACCAGUUUAUUGCGUUCACAUAUUCGAAUUACAGAUAUGUGGCAAUGAAAAAGGAAGUUUAAAAUAUACGUCAAAAUAUAAACAUCUUUACAACAUCAAUUCACAAAAAGUUUCAUACAACUUAUUAUGUAUACGCAUAGGUGAAUCAUGAGAUUCAGAGGCGACAAGCGAAAACUUCUGAAAAUAACUUGCAACCAUCAUAUGUUUUUGUUACUAAUAAAAUAAAGUAAAUGGUAUAUCCUA